UUCUUCGGAAAAAAAUAUUUACAAAAUUAUGCCUCCCGGUCUCCUCUCUCCUGUGGAGAGCCUUUCUUCUUCUUCUCCCCCUGCGCAAGAAUCCAGCGCCACCGCGGAUUCAUAUCGGAUGAUGGAAGGCCCUCCGUUCCAAAAACCGAUUGACAAUGGAAAGCUAAUUAUGGCCCAUUACAACGAGAAGGAGAGGAAAAAGAAGAAGAAGAAGAAGAAGAAGAAGAAAGCCUAUGAUGACGUUGUUAUGACGCCCUCAUCUUCUUCUUCGGCGGCUCUUCCUUCUAUGCAGCGAAGAACGCGUAUCACUUAUAAACGCAGGAAGCCUAAGGUGGUGAUCGGUCCAGUUCGGCAUGGUGACCGCUUUUGGGAUGGCGAUUUGGAGGCCGUUUCUCUCCCUCUUGGAAUGUCAUUUGCUGCUGUUGUUGCCCUGGUUCUUGAGAGGAAAGAUGUGGAAGGUGAACAGAUGUCUGUUGAUCAUCUUUCAAAGAUUUGUGCUUCAGCUGUCAGAGAAUCUUUAGUCAAUGUCUUUGGUGAUAAAUUUGAUUUUUUUGCAAGGAACUUUGAGAAAUCAUUUGGGAGUACAUUAAGAACCCUUAGAUUGAUUAAUGAGGCAUCCAUCAAUAAGGAAGCGUAUCACUUAAGCCCUCUGAAUGUAGAAAGCUUGGCUUCACACUCGACUCUUAAAAAUGGGGUUGAUUGUAUUAGUUGCUCUGGCAUCAAGGAUUCUCUCUCAGAAACUUCAGAAACUGAUUUGCGAUCUUUCUCAGCACAGAAUAAAAUGCAUGUGGCUGCAGAUGUAGAAGAUAUUAUUCCUUGCUCGAACCAGGAACUUGCCUUGAAUGGGCAAUUAAACCAACAGAUUUGUGCUGCAGAUGUAGAAGAGAUUAUUCCUUGCUCGAACCAGGAACUUGCCUUGAAUGGGCUAUUAAACCGACAGAUUUGUGUUCGAAGCUCAUUAGAUUCUGUAAUCAACCAGAGCAGCACUAUUGAGAAAUACAUCAUGGAGGAAGCACGUUCUAAUGACCUGAAGACAUUGGAGAUUGGUCUUACAAUGAAAAAAUUAAAAUUAAAAGAGGCACAGCUGGCUCUUAGCUUUGAUUCGAAUCAUCUUGAAAGAUCAAAAAUAGCAAUGGGUAUGUCAAAGGCAUCCUUUAAAGCCGAAAAAUUCAAGAGCCAAGUAGAAGAGACAAAGUAUGCUGAACUGCUUAAGAACUGCAUAGACUGCCUUGUUGCUGGGUUGUUCAUCAUGUCUGCCUGCCUUUUAUAUGGUGCAUAUAUUUUUUCAUACCAAAGGAUCACUGAUGCUACUGCAUCCUGUAAUCCUUCAGUUCAGGAGUCUAAAUCAUGGUGGUACCCAAAGCAAUUUUCGACUUUCAACUCAGGGCUGCAUACUCUCCGGUGCCAUGUUCAAGUUGUGAGCCGAAUGCUAUUUGGCAUGUUACUGAUCCUGGCAGUUGCGUAUUUGCUUCUCCAACGAUCAGCAACCUCACGACAGACAAUGCCAGUAACCUUCAUCUUAUUGCUUUUGGGAGCCGUCUGUGGCUUUGCUGGUAAAUUUUGUGUAGACACAUUGGGAGGAAGUGGAUUGCAUUGGCUACUAUAUUGGGAGUCAAUGUGCUUGCUGCACUUCUUCUCAAAUGUCUUUACAUCAAAGUUGUUCUAUGUACUUCAUGGACCUGUCACCGUCUCCCAAGGGAUGAAAUCCAAUGCAAUAUGUCCAUACUGGUUCCGGAGAUUUGUUUUCUAUGGUCUUGUGCUCUUGUUUCUGCCAUUGUGCUGUGGUCUUCUGCCUUUUGCUGGUCCUGGUGAAUGGAGAAAUCACUUCUUGACGUGUGCCUCAAAUUUUCUCUCAUCCUACCAACUUGGUGAAUGGAGAAAUCACUUCUUGACGUGUGCCUCAAAUUUUCUCUCAUCCUACCAACUGGUUGAUUAUGACCUUUAUGUGUAAUUUUCUCUACAUUUGCCGAGCUUUCUCCUUGGUAAUUAUGUAGGCAGCUGCUUUUAUUUAUUCAGUCCGUAACAAACAAUCUAUUUUUUGGAGUCUGUUUAAUUUUUUCCAUUUUUAGUCA